AUGCAUGAUGACCCACUGAAUCCCCUUUUCGAUUCUGCAGAGCAGAAUAAAGUAAAAAAUAAAAUGUUCAAAUGCAAAUAUGAAAACUUCACAGCUGGAAACCAUGUCUUGUUCAACUCCUAUGCAAAAAUGAAUAACUUGUGCAAUAACUUCAUAAGUAAUUCCUUCAACUUUUUUGGCACCUUCAUGGAAGAAUACUCCAAGUCUAGCUUUUCUCAGCUCCAGGGGAAGUUAAAUUCGAAACGGGAAAAUGAACCUGCUUUAGCACAUGAAGUGGAAGAAGUGAAAGAAGUGAAAGAAGUAGAAGAAAUAGAAGACGUGGAAGAAGUGAAAGAAGUAGAAGAAAUAGAAGAUGUGGAAGAAGUGAAAGAAGUAGAAGAAAUAGAAGACGUGGAAGAAGUGAAAGAAGUAGAAGAAAUAGAAGAUGUGGAAGAAGUAGAAGAUGUGGAAGAAGUAGAAGAAGUGGAAGAAGUAGAAAACGUGAAAGAAGUAGAAGACGUGAAAGAAGUAGAAGAAGUGAAAGACGUAGAAGUUGAUGGGGCAGAAGAGGAUCACAGCACAGACAAGCUGCAAUCAGAAAAAAUAAAACAUGCAUGGCACUCGGUUGAGUCAAACCAAGAAAUAAAUUGCUCCACAACUUUAAAAUAUGAACACGCCUCUGCCCUCUUAAGAUUCACGAGUGGCUAUGAAAAUAUGAAUAUAAGUUCGAAGAAAAUUAAAACUUAUUGCACACACACCAUAAGGAGACAAACCAAAUGUAGCAUACUUAAAGGCAAGUCAUUAAUAAAAAAUAAAAGACUCAAAUUGUACAUGCGCCAUACAAAUCAUUACUCAAGUAAACAGAAGAAAAAAAAGCAUCAUAAUAUUAUGAGUCUUAAACAAAAAUAUAAAAAAAAAAAAAAAAAAUCACGACCUUGUGAUUCACCGAAUAAGAAAGAUCUAAAUGAAAAUGAGAUCACAUUUUUAGUAGAUUCUUCCCUCAAAGACGUAAAUAAAAUUAAUGACAUUUCUACUUCUACCAAUGCAUGCCAAAGAGUGACAAGCGUAAUUACUCCUUCUGAGGCAAUCCAUCUAAAGAAAAGUACUCAGACACAAAGAUAUUGCAGUGGAGGAGAAAGAGUCGAUGAGAUUUUUGAAAUUUCAACAGAUGACAAGAAAAACCGGGAGGAAUACAUGACAUAUAUUUCACAAUCCCUUAAGAGGCAAGAAUAUAAAAUCCAGUGUAUAGAAAAAAACACUGAUCAACAUCUCGAUCUAGUGGAACUUUUGCUACACAAGAGGAUGAAAGAAAUUUUUGUUUUAAAAGAAAAAAUUUCUAGCACACACACAUAUAAAGAGUUAUGCCCAGAUCUUUUCUAUUUCAACAACGACGACGACCUGAUCGAAACAAUGGACAAGGGCCUUCGGUUCCUGGCGAAAAUUCCAGCAAAAGAAAACUUGACCCCCUACUUGGGUCCCUCGGCAUUCAUCAUUUUUGGAAAAUAUUACACGACCUACAAACACUUUUAUAAGCUAGUGCAAGUCAGUAUGAAGUUAUACAAAUCACCUGAUCCCUAUUUUACAGCAAAUCAUGUACAGAACAAAAAUUUACAAAAUGUGAACUGCUGGAUUUUGCUACUAAAUUACAAAAGUGGAACAAAUCAUCCAACCGUGGGGGGGAUUAGAAGGGCUAGCAAAAUUGAUAAAACGGGGAAGGACAAGUGGGAAAAGAGAAAAAUGUUUUUUUCUCUUUUCAGUUCCCUUCUCUCACCAGAAAAAAGGAGUAAACAACACACGGGAUACACACGUGUGAAUGAAAUUCCGCAGGAUUUAAUUCACUUCUUGAAUUACAGAGAUGUAACAAUUUUGUGA